CGUGCGGAGAGGAAAACCCCGUGGGUUUUGGCAGGAAACUCUCCUAGAGCAGCAACAACCCCGCUGGGACCCAGCAGUGGGAACUGGGGCAGCCCAGUCCAGCGCCUGGGGAGCGCGGCGAGGCGUCCCAGCAGUGCCCCAGCUCCCGCCCCAGUGAAGGGCUGGGGGACUUGGGUGCUGCCAAGCCGGCAGGGCUGGGCCCACCAGCAAACGGCCACUGGCCCGGGGCCGCUUUUCCCUCCCUGUGGGCUCCGGCCGGUCCCGGGGCAACCGAGUUCACCCCAAAACCACAAUUGCCGCCUGUGCUGGCGGCUCCCGGCCCCGGCGGAUGUUCUGGAAAUAGCCCUGGCGGGGCCCCUCCUCGAUGCCGGGGCGCAGCACCCUAUAAAGCCGCCCGGGGAGCAGGGGCUGAGCCCAGCACAGCGCCGAGCAGCACCAUGAAGCCCCUCGUCCUGCUGAGCCUCCUGGCCCUCCUCACCCUCGGCCUCUGCCGCAGAGCUGCCGAGCGCUCGGCCAGCGCAGACGACUCGCCCAGCUCCGAAGCCUUCGUCUCCAAACGCGCCAGCGCCGAGAUGGUGCGGAGACACAAGAGGAAUUACAUCUAUGACAGCAGCGUCUACGGGGCCGUGCGGGACCCGCUGGAGGCCAAGCGCGAGGUGUGCGAGUUCAACCCCGACUGCGACGAGCUGGCCGACCACAUCGGCUUCCAGGAGGCAUACCGGCGCUUCUACGGCCCCGUUUAACAUCCCCGACCCCCCCCGACCCCCCCCCCCCCCCCAGCCAUGCUGGGGCUGAGCUCAGAGCACCAACCCGCCCCCCCCAACCCCGAGCAGCCCCCA